GACGCUCUCGAGCAGGGGAAUUGACGCCUCCUUUCCGCGUCGCUCCCUCUCUCUCUCCCCCUCUCUCUCUCUCUUCUUGGGAAAGAGAGCUUCGCAGGAAAGAAAAUCCGACAAUCUCACACAAUUCAAAAUCCUACAAAUUAAGAAGAAAACCAAAAGAAAAAAAGAACAGAAAAUUACACAGCCCAUUUUCUUUGGCAGCUUUCCUGCGACGCCUUUUCAAGAAGAAACCUCGCCUUUUCGACAUCUUGUGGUCAACUCUUUGUAAUUCAAUUUGAACACAUUUACAGCUAUUUCUCGAAGCUCCAUAUGGUGGAUCUGGUCAGAGGCGGGGACGAAUUUGUUUUUGCUGCUCAUUUUUCUGGAAAAGAUUGAGAAAAUCAUAUUUAUGGCGUACAUCAGUUGGGUCGAGCUCAAUCGCUUCAUUUUGGUGGGGGUUUCGUUAUAACUGAUUAGGGUCGAUUCUUUGGUGCUUUUGUUGAAGUGAGAUUUUAGAUUUUGUUUGCUUCAGAGCUUUGUUGAGGAAAAUUGAAUCGGGGCUGUCGGUUGAUGCUGUUUUGUGUUUUUGGGUGAUGAAGUAUUCCGGGUUUUAUCUGCGAGGGUUUUGAACAGGACUCGGGAGCAUAUAAAGUUCUUUUUGGGUUCCUUUUAGAUAUAUGAGUAUUGAUGAAAUGAGAAGUGUAACAUGCGUACGGAAAGCUAUUCCAGGAACAAAUGGGUGUCAGAGGAUUGGAUUGUUUUGUUACAUUGUCAUUCUGAUUUGCGCUUUGGCCGCGGGGGGCUCCGAAGGGAGGAAAAGUACGGAGGAACUAUUACUUGGCUAUGGAGUGGACCCUGCAACGAGCAAAAUAGAUGAACACACGGCAGAGCUACUACGGGUCAAUUGUGGAUAUGAUUUGACUCAUAUGGAUAUUGCUGUUGAGGAUAUUGACGUCUUUGUCCCAGAUGAAACUUCCAGUAGCUCCAAUGAAAUCCUUAGAAGAGGUCAAUCAUUGUCAAAAGAAAACAUACAAAAAGCUAUAAAUGUUCUGCAACCCCAGAUGAGACAAAUUCAUUUUGAUUGUUUGAGGAAAAAUCUUCAUUAUAUUUCUGGAGAAGAGGAUAGCUUUGAGAAAUGGUACACCAAGUAUUUUAGGUUCCUAUUGGGAAGGUCUGAUGUGCCUGUUGCUUCUAGACAAAGUCUGGGUAGGGAAUUGCAGCAAAGCAUAGCGGAAGCACCUUCCCCAGCCCCUAAAAUUGAGUCACCUAUGUCAAAUACAGCACCUUCCAGCUCUGAGGCUCCCUCAGACAACCCUGCCAGGCCUCCAUCUGCAUCAUUUUUUCCACCAAGUUUCAAUGAUUCGAGUUUGCAACCUUCAGAUGGAGAAAACUCUUCAUCUCCAGAUUCUGGAUCAAAUGUACAGUCAAAUAAGCAAAGCAGUAACCACAAAUCAGUUGUUAUUGCUGUUGUUAUUACUGCAGCAGGGACAUUCGUUUUUGCUGCACUGCUCUUUUUAUGCUGUCAAAAGUGUAGAAAUGGCUCUGGAGUUCGUCGAAACGAUGAGAGACCCUUACUUAGCUUAAGCUUAAGUGAAUUCUCUGUUGGUUCUUCUCACAAGUCUUUUCCUUUUUCAAAUACAAUUGGCAAGGAGAAGUUUGAUAACCAAUCAUUUAGCACACAUUUGGACCAUAACAAAAGGCCGCUUUCUUCUGAUAGCAGUUUGUAUGUUGAGUCUAAUUUUGUUAAUGGUUCACUAGCUGAAACUCCAUCGGUAGGAGCCAUUGGAGGAGUGGCCAAAUUCUCAGCAGAAUCAUCUGACAUUUCCGGCUAUCUUAAUGCAGAGGUACUGCCUCCUCUUAAGCCUCCCCCUGGCAGGUCGGAUGUUGGGCCUCCUGAGCCAUCUUCUUCUCUUAAGCUUCCUCCUGGAAGGGCAGGUCCUCCUCUUCCCCCGUCACAUCCUCCACCUGAACCACCUCCCUUUCCAAAACCACCUUUUGGUGGUGGGGCUUCUCCUUCUGGCCCACCUCCACCACCACCACCAAUAUCUCAUGCCUCCAAGCCUGGUCCUCGGCCACCUCCACCUCCAAAGGGUGCUCUCCCUCCACCUAGGCCUCCACAAGCAAUGGCCAUGGGUUCAAAGGUACCUCCACCAUCAUCGCUUGGAUCUAAUCAUGCAUCAAAUGCUGCUUCCAGUGAAACUGGUGCUCCUAAAACAAAGUUAAAGCCGUUCUUCUGGGAUAAAGUUCUGGCCAAUCCCGAUCAUUCAAUGGUUUGGCAUCAGAUUAAAUCAGGGUCAUUCCAGUUCAAUGAGGAGAUGAUAGAAGCCCUCUUUGGGUAUGCCCCUCCUGAUAAAGGCAAAAGUGAGCGCAAGAAAGAUUCUUCGACCCAAGAUGCUUUGGUCCCCUAUAUACAGAUUAUUGAUUCAAAAAAGGCGCAGAAUCUAUCAAUUCUUCUACGAGCUCUUAAUGUUACUACAGAAGAAGUUUGUGAUGCGCUGCAGGAAGGAAAUGAGCUCCCCAUUGAGUUUCUUGAAACUUUGUUGAAGAUGGCACCAACAGCAGAAGAAGAACUUAAGCUAAGGUUAUUCAGUGGUGAACUGUCUCAACUUGGGCCUGCUGAACGCUUUCUAAAAGUCUUGGUUGAUAUUCCAUUUGCUUUUAAGCGGGUAGAUUCAUUACUUUUUAUGAGCUCUCUUCAGGAUGAUGUUUCAAUGACUAAGGAGUCCUUUGCAACUUUAGAGGUGGCGUGCCAGGAACUUAGAAGCAGUAGACUUUUCCUCAAACUUCUAGAAGCUGUUCUCAAAACUGGUAAUCGCAUGAAUGAUGGCACAUUUCGUGGUGGUGCACAAGCAUUUAAACUCGACACUCUUUUGAAAUUAUCUGAUGUAAAGGGGACAGAUGGCAAGACCACACUCUUGCACUUUGUUGUCCAAGAGAUAAUCCGCUCCGAAGGCGUACGAGCUGCCCGUGCAGCCAGAGAAAGCAGGAGCAUCUCCAGCAUCAAAUCAGAUGACCUCUUGGAGGAUUCUUCCCAUGAUUCAGAAGAGAGCUACUGCAGCCUUGGUCUUGAGGCCAUUUCGCGUUUGGGUAGUGAGCUUGGGAAUGUCAAGAAAGCAGCAGUUUUGGAUGCUGAUUGCUUGGCAGGAAGUGUCGCCAAACUUAGGAAGGGACUGGGAAAGGCUAUGGAUUUCUUGAAUUCAGAUAUGAAAAAUAUAGAUGAAAAUAAUGGGUUCCACCAAAUUCUUAGGAGUUUUGUACAGCAUGCUGAGAUUGACAUCAUGUUGUUGGAGGGGGAGGAAAAGAGAAUAGGGGCUUUGGUGAAGAGUACAGCUGAUUAUUUCCAUGGGAAUGCAGGGAAGGAUGAGGGAUUGCGUUUAUUUGCUAUAGUGCGGGAUUUUCUUAUAAUGUUAGAUAAGGUAUGCAGAGAGGUGAGAGACUCUCAAAGAAGGGCAGUGAAGUCACAUAAAGAUGUUCCUACAAUGCAACCAUCUCCAGAUACCCGCCAGCCAGAGCCUCCAUCACCUGAUCUUCGUCAGCAGCUUUUUCCAGCUAUCACUGAAAGGCGGAUGGAUAAUUCUAGUUCAGAUGACGAGAGUCCUUAGGUUUCACUUGAAACGGGUAUAUGAGAUUCUUCUUGUAAAGUUUUGCUCUUGUAUCUCAGUUGUCUUGAAAUCGUAUUGGAACUUUUCAGGUGGCUUCAAGUCACAACAUAAGUGUUAGGAAGAUAGAUUAGGUGCCAUCUGUAGCUGACGGAAACUUAAGGUUCCAAAACAAUGGUCAAGACGAGGUCCAGCCAUGGCAGUCAUACAUACAUCAUUUGGUGAAAUGAACUUUGGUAAACAUACAAUUUAACCUAUACUGACUGUUCAGUAGUUUCAACCGUGUUGUAAUUUUCAUCCUGUUAUGGGGGUCCUGGGCAAAAUGAUUUCCAUAUUUACAUUGCCCUUCCCUCCAUGAAGCACGAUUUGUGCACCCACUGUUAGAUGUAAUGAUACCCUAAAUUCUUUUAUUUUUUAUUUCUUCAAAUUUUUGUUUGAUAA